GGCCCCUCCCCGAACCCUCCCUGCCGAUCCUUCACCCCUUGUUUGGUGAGAACUUGUGUGUGGGGCGUCGAUGGCAUGGCUGUGGUCGGAGGCUUCAGGGGUGUGUGGGGCCUCAGUCGGGGGAAGGUUUUCCCCAACUGUGUAAAUGCGCAGCAGCCCAGAGGCACGGGUAAGGGGCGCUGGGGUUAGCUUGUGUGUGUUUUUUGGUGGAGGAGGCUACUUAGGGAGGGGUUUUGGGGGGGCUGAAAUUCCCAGAAUUCCAGGGUGUUAGCCAAUCAGAAGUGAGUCUGGACUUUUGACCCCCCCCCUCAGGUCAUCAUACAGUUGUGAUUGGCUGGUUUGGGUUGCCCCCCCCUUCCCUGCUGCCUAUUCCCUCUUACCUAUUCUGUGACACCUCCCUCCAGGCUGUUUCUGAGGACCCUGUUUGGGGGGAGGGAUUGAUUGGGGGCCGUCUUGCCCCCCUCCAAAUUAUCCUGCCUGUUGCCAGGGAAGGUUUGCCCUCCUGAGGGACACGAGGUCCUCCUGGGGUGUGGGGGGCAGAUAAUUGGGCCCUUGGGUCUGGCAUCUUCGCCCUAGUGGGAGGGGGAAUGUGGCAGCCCCAGGCAAGCUAGGAAAUAAGAGUGACUUGUGAGAAUUGAAUUGAGGGGAGCGAUGCUUGACCCCAAUGAGAGGACUUAGGUUCAGAUACCUGCCUCCCCCCAAACACAUCAGCUCUUGCCAGUGACAGACAGCCUGGGUCUGAGUUCUUUCCUAGGGAGGAGGAAGGCCUGGGUCUGAGUUCUUUCCUGCUGCCAGGGAGAAGGAGAUGGGCCGUGUGACUGGAGAGGUGGUCUUCAGAGGGCCUCAGAACACGGUUUAUAUCCAUCCCCAGGACUCUGGGUUCUUGAAUUAUCUGCAGGACCCCCUUCUGUCCCAGGCAGGAGUUAGCUUUCUCUGGAAAGUCAGGUAUUCCUGAAUCUAGCCUGGUUUGGAUCCUUAGCCCCUCCAAAUGCCCUGUUCUCUGGGAGGUCCAUACCUCACAACUGGAAACCCCCCUCCCCCCAACACACAUCCCCAAGGGAAGCUGCCAGUGCGGAAGCUUCCUUGAAAAUCAUGUGACCCGGGCCAAAGCUCUGCUGGGCUGGGCACACAUUAAAGUGCCUGCUGAGGCUGACGUUUAAGGGGCAUGGGGCCCAGAGGGAGGGCUAGUAGAGCCUAAGAAUCCUGGGAUAUCCAGGUGUGGGAACCCCUGGCUCCUGCUGCAGAGGGUCGGGGAGAGGAGGAGAGGGAAGAGCCUGCCAAGCUGGAAUCCUUCCUGGCCCCAUCAUUCCUCCUCCUACCAGCUUGGUGUGUGUGUUUGUGUAUUUUCUUUACAAUUGCCCCAUGCUGAGUACCCUGUUCAGAUCCAUCCAUUCUCUGAGUCCAUCCCAUGGCCUUGAUCCUCCAUCACCCUACAUAAGCAUAGCUAAAGGGCUGAGUCUUAAAUAUGAUUAUUAGUGCCUACAAAUAGCGAGCAGGAGGUGAGUAUGGAAAGGUUGUCAGGCUGGAGGUAGAUGGGAGGUUGAUCUUGAAGUUGAGGUAGGGUGCCUGGUCCUGUAGGAGAAGGGAGAAAGUUUCCCUCUCAGUCUCUCAGGGAGCAGCAUGGGUACAGAAGAGGACCUGUAUGUGUGAGGGGGGACAACUUAAGGCAGUGCCCUAAAAGGUAUGUUCCUUUUGUGUGUCUGGUGAUCUGGUUGGGGAAGAGGAGGCCUAAGAUGGCCGAGAGUGGGGAAUCUUUUUCCUGAAUGUGAGGAAGUCUUAUGGAUUGGUGCCACAGAGGAUGGAUGGAGGUUAGUCUUCAAGAGAACCACUUGGGGAGGGGCAUGAGAGUGGCCUGGGGGUUAGAAAUGGUAGGAUUCGGGGUAAGGGAGGGCACCACGCUUGCAUGGGUGUGUGUGAGCACAUGGCUGAACACAGGGACCCCGUGGCAGCAUGUCCAGUGCAGGCCUAAAGACCACCCCCCGCAACCUGAGCAGCCCUGGGGUGGGGGCCCAGGCGCCCUGGCAGGCUGCCUGCCUGCCGCCUGCCUGCCUGCCUGCCUGAGUCUCUCCUUUGUGCUCUGCUGUCUCCCGGCUCCUCCUCCCCCAGCCCGGCAGAGACAGCACAUGCCCCACACAUGUGACUGAGGGAAGCCAGAGCACACGCAGACCCACACACAUGCACAUGCAGAAGGAAACACUACAAGAUACACACAUACACACAUCUAGCUCUCAUAGUGCUCCUGGGGUGUGUAGUAGCUUCUGGGGCUUUGGUCAGGAGCAGGGAGGACCUCUGCUAAGGGACAUCAUCCUGGGCAGGGCAGGUUGCUGAGGGGGCCAGGGCCUGUCUGGGGCAGCAUGUGACUCAGAAGGGUUAAGGUAGGGAGGAGUAGGGGGAGGGGAGGAGGCAGCAGUGGUGGCGGCUGGGAGCCAGGAGAGGAGGAUGGCAGAGCGCCAGGCCAACGGGAGGCCGGGCACAGACAAAGGAAGGGGGGCAGGCACACUGGAGGCCUGGGUCAGGGAGCCCCAGGGGCCCGGGCAGGGGGCAGUGCUGGUACCUUAUCCUGUGGGCUGGGGCGGGCUGCUCCCCUUCAGAAUUCCCACCUCCAGCAGGGGUGCUCUUGCUCUUCCCUCCCUCAUCACCUUUGUCAGUCUUUGCUGCUCCCUGCUUUCUCCCCACCCCACCUCCCACCAAUUUUAGAGCCUUCUAACUCUGAGUUGCUCUCUUUAGUUGGACCUCAUCUGCCCCUGUGCAAGUGGGAGAAUUAAGUCCGAACUGAGAGAGGACUUGCUGGAGAAGGGGAACUAGGAGAGGGCCCGUUUUGAAUGAUAUGCCAGGGUCUGGAUACAUCUUGGUAUUUAGGGGCCCUUCUCCCUGAAAUUUGAGGAGACAGACUGGGUGAGGGUUCUGAGUUCUGAACUGGAUGCUGAAGCCAGAGCACACAACCAUCUCCCCUCCCCAAGUAGAUAGUCAUUUGGGGCCUGGAGUGACCAUUCCUUGGAGGGGGCAGGCAGUAGGAAUGGCUGCAGUGCCCCAGGGCUGGGCUUGUGUGAGUGGGGUUAGAACCAGGGUUCCAGCCUCAGGCCCUCCUGUCUCACUAAUCUGUGCAAGUUCGGAUAAUAGGCCCUGGAUGCUAUUAGGAUCUCUUGAGGUACUGCCUGUGAAUGUGCUUUGGAAAGUUUAAAGGCACAAAACAAAUGACAGGAAUUGUCCUGUCAGUGGGGGAGGAAUGUAGUUAUCCCAGAGUUGGGCUGUAAAUUUGGGAGUCAGGACAAGUAUCUCAAGUCCUGGUGGUAGGCAGUAUGAUGGUAGGCAUUCUGGCUGAAGAGUAUAGAUUUCGAUAGGUUUAUGAAAGCCAGGAUAUAUCAUAUGGCCAGGCCAUGAUGGAGAAUGGUGUGCAGAUUUCAGAGGGGGGUGGGGUUAGUCCCUGGGUAACAAAUGGUCAGGGUAUGUGUGUAGCAGUCUGUCAAAGGUUUAGGAGGUAUAAUGCAGUUUUGGGGUGUGUCUUGGGGCUUGGGGCAUGUGCGUCACAGGUCCCACUGUGUAUGUGUGUGUGUCCUGGGUUUGGGUUUAUUUGAGGUUUGAGGUAUAUCACAGGUUGAAGUGUGUAUCAGGUACGGAUUUGUGUGAGAGUGAGCUGUGUUAAUUGUGUGUGGAGGAUGUUCACAGAGCCAGAUGCAAUAGUAUUAUUGCACAGUCAGCUGGUAUGUAUGCCAUCCUGUUGUGGGGCUGUGUGUGAAUCUGGUUGGGGGGGGGUGGGAAUACAAAGCUGAGACUCAAAUUGCAAAGAAGAAGGAAGUCCUUACUGCCCCCCACUUCCCAUGUGAGAGAGAGAGAAAGAGAGAGAGAGAAAGAGAGAGACUGUGUGUGUGUGUGUGUGUGUGUGUGUGUGUGUGUGUGUGUGUGUGUUUCUGUCCAGGUAGUAGGGCCUGGACCACUAUCCAAGUUUUAGAAAAGCCCCCUCUCUUGGGCUUCCCCCCUUGCAUUGGAGAACAGGUUGCUACCCUGGUAACCAUAUACCAUUUUUUCCUAGGGUUUGGGGGAGGAUUCAGCAGCAGACUAGACCCCUUCUGGGGACCCUCAGAUGGGCAAGUUUGCCUUCCUGAGCUCUAACAGAGCCCCUUUCCCUUGCACCCACGUGCCUCCGGUGGUGGUGGUGGUGGUGGUGGUGGUGAUGAUGGGUGGGUGGGGGAAAGGGGGCUUCCUGCAAAGGUAGUUAGCAUUUGGAACUAAGCUGGGUUGGGGGCAGGGAACCUGGAGUGUCCCCCUCCUUCCAAUCAGUGUUUACAGGCUGAAGUCUGAGUGUGUCUCUGUCAAAAAUAACCCCCUGGAGCCUUCCCCCCAGCUGCUCUGGGAUUUCACCAGCCACGGGUGGCUGCUCAGGCCAGCCUUCAACCCGAGAGAUCACUAGGGAGAGGAAGAGAGAUUUGGGGGAUGUUUGGGAGACCGUUAGAAGAUACUGGGAGUCUCCAGAGAGGACGAGUGCCCUCCUCCAUCCCUGCCUGUGGCUUAGGCUCCCCAGCUCACCCCUGAGCACCCCGCUUGGGGCUUGGGAGCGGCAUUCCAGUUCCUGGCUCCCACAGCCCUCCCCUCCAUCCCGGUCUCUCCAGACCCAGUCUCUCUGUAUCCCUCUCUCCGGCCUGUCCCCUGUCUCUCCCAGUCUCUGUCUCUCUUUUGUUUUUCUCAGCAGUCCUCCCUGCCUGCCUCCCUCUCUCAAGCUCUCUCCCUCCCCUCUCUCCCUCUUCCUCUUUCCUCGCAGGGAGGGGGCGGGGCCGGUGGGGGCAGCUCCACCCUCCGCCCGCCCUGGGGCCUCAUUCUGAGAGAGGCUCUGAGAGAGCCAGCGGGGAGGGAGGGAGAGAAAGGGAGAAAAGGAAGGGAGCCGGCGGGGCGCUGUGUGUGUCUGUGCGUGAGCGAGUGUGAGUGAGUGUGAGUGCCGGGCCCUGCCUCUGCUGGUGCCCCGGCGGAGGGGCCUGCUGGCCUGGGGAGGGCGGGCGGGCUGCUUGGAGGCAGAGGCAGAGGCGGCGGCGGGGAGAGCGGAGGAGGAGGAGGAGGAGGAGGAGGAAAGAGCGGAGCAGCCAUUGUUGAGGGAAACCUUGCAAACAAAGAAGGCUCCGGACUCCCCGCGGCCCCCCGCCCCCCAGGCCGGCCCCCUGGCCCCGGGUCCCCAGCCCAGUGGCUAUUGUAACUUUCUCCCGGGGCUGUGGCCGCCGUGGGGCGAGCCGAGGCCGUGCGUGCGAGUCUUUGUGCAGCCCGCGGAGUGGAACUCCCAGCCAGGCCUGCCUGUCCCACUCGGGACAUGAGCGGCUGAAGUUGGCCCCCCCUCAGGCCUCACCCCUGCCAGGGCCCCUCUGGGCUCGCAGCCGCUCCCCGCACCUCUCCUGGCCCCCUCAGUUCUCCCAGGUUGUUCCUCAAAGUCAUUCAAGCUGUACUCACCCAAGGAGCCCCCGAACGGCAACGCCUUCCCCCCCUUCCAUCCCGGCACCAUGCUAGAUCGGGAUGUGGGCCCAACUCCCAUGUACCCGCCUACCUACCUGGAGCCUGGGAUUGGGAGGCACACACCAUAUGGCAACCAAACUGACUACAGGAUAUUUGAGCUUAACAAACGGCUUCAAAACUGGACAGAGGAGUGUGACAAUCUCUGGUGGGAUGCUUUCACGACUGAGUUCUUUGAGGAUGAUGCCAUGUUAACCAUCACUUUCUGCCUGGAGGAUGGACCAAAGAGAUAUACCAUUGGCCGGACCCUGAUCCCACGCUACUUCCGCAGCAUCUUUGAGGGGGGUGCUACGGAGCUCUACUAUGUACUUAAGCACCCCAAGGAGGCAUUCCACAGCAACUUUGUUUCCCUUGACUGUGACCAGGGCAGCAUGGUGACCCAGCAUGGCAAACCUAUGUUCACCCAGGUUUGUGUGGAGGGCCGGUUGUACCUGGAGUUCAUGUUUGAUGACAUGAUGCGGAUAAAGACGUGGCACUUCAGCAUCCGGCAGCACCGAGAGCUCAUCCCCCGCAGCAUCCUUGCCAUGCAUGCCCAGGACCCCCAGAUGUUGGAUCAGCUCUCCAAAAACAUCACCCGGUGUGGGCUGUCCAAUUCCACUCUUAACUACCUCCGACUCUGUGUGAUACUCGAGCCCAUGCAGGAGCUCAUGUCCCGCCACAAGACCUACAGCCUCAGCCCCCGUGACUGUCUCAAGACCUGCCUCUUCCAGAAGUGGCAGCGCAUGGUAGCACCCCCUGCGGAGCCUGCACGGCAGCAGCCCAGCAAGCGGCGGAAAAGGAAGAUGUCAGGGGGCAGCACCAUGAGCUCGGGGGGUGGCAACACCAACAACAGCAACAGCAAGAAGAAAAGCCCAGCCAGCACCUUCGCCCUCUCCAGCCAGGUACCUGAUGUGAUGGUGGUGGGGGAGCCCACCCUGAUGGGCGGGGAGUUCGGGGACGAGGACGAGAGGCUCAUCACCCGUCUGGAGAACACCCAGUUUGACGCGGCCAACGGCAUUGACGACGAGGACAGCUUUAACAACUCCCCUGCCCUGGGCGCCAACAGCCCCUGGAACAGCAAGCCUCCGUCCAGCCAAGAGAGCAAAUCGGAGAACCCCACGUCACAGGCCUCCCAGUAAAGGCUUUGCCAUGGCCACCGCCACCCAGCGCUCUGCCUGUCUGCCCCACCCCUCGAAGCCCCAGGGAGCAGAAGACAGAAUGAAGAGACUGAGCAUCUAAAAUGGGCAGCCUCAUCCACCCGCUUCAGGGAGGAACUGGACUCACUGGGGGCAGGUGCCAAGAUUUGCCCCCCCAGUGGCCCUGGGCUGGGGCUGGCCUCUGCAGAGCCUUUUGGGGAAGGGGGUACUCAUGUGGAUGCCUAUGUGGACCCUGGGCCUCUGAGAAAUGUCCUGACCACCUCCCAGGGCAUUUGCCUCCAUCCUCACCCCAGGUUCUGGGUUCCCUCAUCCUCCUGACUCCACCCUCUUCAAGCCUGGGGUUGUCUAUGCCCACAGCCCUUAGGGACUUAAAAGUUAUGGGGCUUGAUUGAAUGCCCCUCCUCCAAACCCUCCCCUUAGGUGGCUGGUAGUAGAGGGGUAAAGCUUUGGGCUCCUCCCUUCUGCCACCUAUCCCAGCUCCAAGUUUUUUAAAAAAUAAUAUUAUUAAAGAUGUAAGUU